CAGAGGGCAUGCAAGGUUAUAACAAAAAAACUAGGGUUUUAGUAUUUCUCUCGUCUUCUUCAUCGAAGCUGCAAAAAAUACAGAGAAAUUCUUAGACCAACAAAAUGGCUAGAGGUUUGAAGAAGCAUCUGAAGAGGCUCAAUGCCCCAAAGCAUUGGAUGCUUGAUAAACUUGGUGGAGCAUUUGCUCCCAAGCCAUCCUCUGGCCCACACAAGUCAAGGGAGUGCUUGCCAUUGGUCAUUAUUAUGCGAAACAGGUUGAAGUAUGCUCUCACAUACAGAGAGGUGAUCUCAAUUCUGAUGCAACGACAAGUUAUGGUUGAUGGGAAAGUUAGGACAGAUAAGACAUAUCCUGCUGGUUUCAUGGAUGUCGUUUCAAUUCCGAAGACUAAUGAGAACUUUCGUCUCCUUUAUGACACUAAGGGCCGAUUCCGUCUUCACUCGCUCAGGGACGAGGAGUCCAAGUUUAAGCUUUGCAAGGUCCGCUCUGUGCAGUUUGGUCAGAAGGGGAUCCCAUACCUGAACACUUACGAUGGAAGAACAAUCCGCUAUCCUGAUCCUCUCAUCAAGGCCAACGAUACCAUAAAGCUGGACUUGGAAUCCAAUAAGAUUGUUGAUUUCAUCAAGUUUGAUGUUGGGAAUGUUGUGAUGGUGACUGGAGGUAGAAACAGGGGACGAGUUGGUGUUAUUAAGAACAGGGAGAAGCAUAAGGGUAGCUUUGAGACCCUCCACAUUCAGGAUUCACAGGGUCAUGAAUUUGCUACACGUUUGGGAAAUGUGUUCACUCUUGGUAAGGGUACUAAGCCGUGGGUUUCACUACCCAAAGGUAAAGGAAUUAAGUUGACCAUCAUCGAGGAGGCAAGGAAGAGGCUGGCUGCUCAAUCUGGCACCCCUGCUUAAACUGUCCAGGUUGCUUCAUCCACUGUUCAAGUCAAUUUCACGCUUUACAGCGUGAUAAAGUUAAGUUUUGUAGUUUGGACUCUAAAUGUUUUGCUUUGUUUAGUAAUACAUAUUUUAUUCUGCGAGCAGCCUUUUGAAUAUUUGUAUUCUUGGUUUUAGCAUGCCUAACUUUUUAAUGAGAAGAUGAUUAGACUCCUUUAUGGAUCAA